UCAGAAAGUGGGCGGGGAUUUCAGCUCGGACCGGAAGAGAAACGGCGACAACCCGAAACAGAGCUAACAAAACGAUGGCUGCAAUCAGGAAGAAGCUGGUGAUAGUGGGAGACGGAGCGUGUGGGAAGACCUGCCUGCUGAUCGUCUUCAGUAAAGACCAGUUCCCAGAGGUCUAUGUGCCCACUGUGUUCGAGAACUAUGUGGCUGACAUCGAGGUCGACGGCAAACAGGUGGAGUUAGCAUUAUGGGACACAGCAGGACAGGAGGACUAUGACAGACUGAGACCUCUCUCCUACCCCGACACUGACGUUAUACUCAUGUGCUUCUCUGUAGACAGCCCAGAUAGUUUAGAGAACAUUCCAGAGAAGUGGACUCCGGAGGUGAAACACUUCUGUCCUAAUGUUCCCAUCAUCCUCGUGGGCAACAAGAAGGACCUGAGGAACGACGAACACACACGCAGGGAGCUGGCCAAGAUGAAACAGGAGCCAGUGAAGUCGGAGGAGGGCAGAGACAUGGCUAACCGGAUCGGUGCCUACGGCUGUCAGGAGUGCUCAGCUAAGACCAAGGACGGAGUCAGGGAGGUGUUUGAGAUGGCCACCAGGGCGGCGCUACAGGCCAAGAGACGUGGAAAGAAGAACGCCUGCAUGCUGUUAUAGGCCCCAGGGAGAAGUUGCCCCUGGAUACUGAUCUUGGACCAGUAUUACCCUCCCAAAAUAUAGUUGUAAUCAUUUAAAGGGAUAGUGUCACAUUUUGGCAAUGACUGAAAAGUCUGACAGGGUUCCCCAACUGGUGCCCUGAUUUUAUUUACCCCCUAAGUUUACGUUAUUUUAUUGUUGGACAUAAAGACUGUAAAAAAAAAACCUGAAAAUCAGUUCCAAGUGAUUUUGAUUUUGUAGAUCUGUACCAAAGUAUUCUUACUCAUAAUAGAGAGAUAUAUAUGUGAUUGUAUACUAAAUCUAAGCCAGGUUUGAAAUGGUUUUAGUCAGUGUAUAUAUAUUUGUUUGUGCUUCCUGCGGUCAAUUUGCAGUCUACAAUUUAUAAUUCUGUUCCUUUACCAUUCGCUCAAGAAAAACAUCUUUCUGUGGCUGAAUCUCUAGGUGAUGCUGGCGUUAGCGCAAUCAGCUAACUGAUACCAUAGACUUCCAGUCAUUACGCUAACACUAGUUCAUCAAAGGCUCACAAAACUUACUUCAACUUCCUUUAAACUACACUCAGAGACACAUUUGUAUCCAUGAGUUUAUCUGACUCUGGGUCUGUAGUUAAAGGGCUUAAUUGCCAAAAUGGUGCACCAUCCCUUUUGAGUGGUAGUUUUAAAACUGGUCUCAGAUCUGUGGGUAAUGUCCCUUUUGAGGGGUAGGUUUAAAACUGGUCUCAGAUCUGUGCCUGUGUGUAACGCCCCUUUUGAGGGGUUGGUUUAAAACUGGUCUCAGAUCUGUGCCUGUGUGUAACGCCCCUUUUGAGGGGUAGGUUUAAAACUGGUCUCAGAUCUGUGCCUGUGUGUAACGCCCCUUUUGAGGGGUAGGUUUCAAACUGGUCUAAUAUCUGUGCCUGUGUGUAACGCCCCUUUUGAGGGGUAGGUUUAAAACUGGUCUCAGAUCUGUGCCUGUGUGUAACGCCCCAUAUCGGCACCCUAUUCCCUAUAUGGUGCACUCAAUAGGGUUCCAUUUGGGACUGGGGAGGUGAGGGGAUAGAAAGGGUUAAAUGCCCUCGAUCUGAAAAAAAUUGCGUAGGUAUCAAAAAGCAAAUCAAAUCAAACUUUAUUGGUCGUAUCCACAGGAUACAGAAGCGAUUCUAUAUGGAACUACUGUGUGAAAGUAGGUCAUGUUCAUUAGUCACUGAACGGAUCAAAAUGGACUGAAACCGGGAGGGAUCUACCUGAACUGUUACGAUAAGAAAUGCUUUUCUUUUUUUUCUUCCCAAUCUUCUACUGCAGUACAUUUUGUUACGGUGUUUAUUAAUGAAUACAACCCUGAUGUUUUUACAUGUAUCCAAUCCUGUCGGAACUACACUAAUGCCUUCGGUUUAAGGAGCCAAGUGGGCUGGGAAAGAUACUGUGGACAGUGUUGUGUUGAUGUGGAACUGUGCCAUGAGGCCUAGAGGAGGAAUUGAGAAAGUAGCUUCGACUGUGGCUUCCUCUCCUGGUCAACCCAGCUGGCCUUAAUUUAAAGUUUCUCCUGUCCACUGCCUUUAUGUCACCAUAGACAGGAAGCUGUUAGUUUCACCUGUCCUCUGCCUUCAGGUAACUAGACAGGAAGCUGUUAGUUUUACCUGUCCACUGCCUUUGUCACCAUAGACAGGAAGCUGUUAGUUUCACCUGUCCUCUGCCUUUAGGUAACUAGACAGGAAGCUGUUAGUUUUACCUGUCCACUGCCUUUAGGUAACUAGACAGGAAGCUGUUAGUUUCACCUGUCCUCUGCCUUCAGGUAACUAGACAGGAAGCUGUUAGUUUCACCUGUCCUCUGCCUUUAGGUAACUAGACAGGAAGCUGUUAGUUUCACCUGUCCUCUGCCUUCAGGUAACUAGACAGGAAGCUGUUAGUUUCACCUGUCCUCUGCCUUUAGGUAACUAGACAGGAAGCUGUUAGUUUUACCUGUCCACUGCCUUUAGGUAACUAGACAGGAAGCUGUUAGUUUUACCUGUCCACUGCCUUCAGGUAACUAGACAGGAAGCUGUUGGUUUCACCUGUCUACUGCCUUCAGGUAACUAUAGACAGGAAGCUGUUAGUUUUACCUGUCCUCUGCCUUCAGGUAACUAGACAGGAAGCUGUUAGUUUUACCUGUCCACUGCCUUCAGGUAACUAGACAGGAAGCUGUUAGUUUUACCUGUCCUCUGCCUUCAGGUAACUAGACAGGAAGCUGUUAGUUUUACCUGUCCUCUGCCUUCAGGUAACUAGACAGGAAGCUGUUAGUUUCACCUGUCCUCUGCCUUCAGGUAACUAUAGACAGGAAGCUGUUAGUUUUUCACCUGUCCACUGCCUUCAGGUAACUAGACAGGAAGCUGUUAGUUUCACCUGUCCACUGCCUUCAGGUAACUAGACAGGAAGCUGUUAGUUUUACCUGUCCAAUGCCUUCAGGUAACUAGACAGGAAGCUGUUAGUUUUACCUGUCCACUGCCUUCAGGUAACUAGACAGGAAGCUGUUAGUUUUACCUGUCCUCUGCCUUCAGGUAACUAGACAGGAAGCUGUUAGUUUUACCUGUCCUCUGCCUUCAGGUAACUAGACAGGAAGCUGUUAGUUUUACCUGUCCACUGCCUUCAGGUAACUAUAGACAGGAAGCUGUUAGUUUCACCUGUCCUCUGCCUUCAGGUAACUAGACAGGAAGCUGUUAGUUUUACCUGUCCACUGCCUUCAGGUAACUAGACAGGAAGCUGUUAGUUUCACCUGUCCACUUCCUUCAGGUAACUAGACAGGAAGCUGUUAGUUUCACCUGUCCUCUGCCAACUAUAAUAAUAAUAAUAAUAUAUGCCAUUUAGCAGACGCUUUUAUCCAAAGCGACUUACAGUCAUGUGUGCAUACAUUCUACGUAUGGGUGGUCCCGGGAAUUGAACCCACUACCCUGGCGUUACAAGCGCCAUGCUCUACCAAUUGAGCUACAGAAGGACCACUAGACAGGAAGCUGUUAGUUUCACCUGUCUACUGCCUUCAGGUAACUAUAUUGAAGAAAAAUAUAAACAUUACAUACAACCAUUUCAACGAUUUUACUGAGUUACAGUUCAAAGAAGAUAAUCAGUCAGUUAAAAUAAAUAAAUUAGGCCCUAAUCUAUGGAUUUUACAUGACUGGGCAGGGGAGCUGUGACACCUGUCCACUACCUUCAGGUUACUAUAUAGAGGAAGCUGCUGUCUGUCCACUACCUUCAGGUUACUAUAUAGACGAAGCUGCUGUCCUGUCCACUACCUUCAGGUUACUAUAUAGAGGAAGCUGUAUCACCUGUCCACUACCUUCAGGUUACUAUAUAGAGGAAGCUGCUGUCCUGUCCACUACCUUCAGGUUACUAUUUAGAGGAAGCUGCUGUCCUGUCCACUACCUUCAGGUUACUAUAUAGAGGAAGCUGUAUCACCUGUCCACUACCUUCAGGUUACUAUAUAGAGGAAGCUGUAUCACCUGUCCACUACCUUCAGGUUACUAUAUAGAGGAAGCUGUAUCACCUGUCCACUACCUUCAGGUUACUAUAUAGAGGAAGCUGUAUCACCUGUCCACUACCUUCAGGUUACUAUUUAGAGGAAGCUGCUGUCCUGUCCACUACCUUCAGGUUACUAUAUAGAGGAAGCUGUAUCACCUGUCCACUACCUUCAGGUUACUAUAUAGAGGAAGCUUCUGUCCUGUCCACUACCUUCAGGUUACUAUAUAGAGGAAGCUGCUGUCCUGUCCACUACCUUCAGGUUACUAUAUAGAGGAAGCUGUAUCACCUGUCCACUACCUUCAGGUUACUAUAUAGAGGAAGCUUCUGUCCUGUCCACUACCUUCAGGUUACUAUAUAGAGGAAGCUUCUGUCCUGUCCACUACCUUCAGGUUACUAUAUAGAGGAAGCUGUAUCACCUGUCCACUACCUUCAGGUUACUAUAUAGAGGAAGCUGUAUCACCUGUCCACUACCUUCAGGUUACUAUAUAGAGGAAGCUGCUGUCCUGUCCACUACCUUCAGGUUACUAUAUAGAGGAAGCUGCUGUCCUGUCCACUACCUUCAGGUUACUAUAUAGACGAAGCUUCUGUCCUGACCAGUACCUUCAGGUUACUAUAUAGAGGAAGCUUCCCAUCCAAAAUAGUUUGUGAAUAUUGUAUAUUUUGUACUUCAUGUGACGUUUAAAGAUAUAAAGAUGAUCACCUGCCUCCAACUAAAUUAAUUUGAAUUUGGAAUACUUUAGUCCAGGCCAUUUUCUGCAGUUUUGUGCAGUUGUUAAUCAAACAAAUGUACGUGCGAGCGCACAGUUUUUUUUUUUCAAUGUCAACGUAUUUUUUUUAGAAGAAAUGGUGAAUUAUUUUAAAGUGUGCCAAUACAUUAGAACCUAACUGUAGUUCUCAGAUCUCUGUGGUCAUUAGACCUAACAGCUGUUCAGAAUUAAAGAAAGAUCUACAAACUA